ACAGCCUGGCUGUGGAGCAGGUCCAGAACCCAUGGCUGCCAUGAAGAUAACAGGCAUCUGUGUGCUCCUCGCCCUGGCACUUCUUUGCCUAGCCAAUGCCGACAAAGAGAAUGAGGUAGACUGCAGUGAAUACAGGAGGUUAGAGAGAGGAAGACCUAUUUACUGUGAAAGACUCUACCAACCCUUUUGUGGCUCUGAUGGGAAGACAUAUAACAACAAAUGCUCUUUCUGCAAAGCAGUCCUGAGAAGCAGAGGUACCUUAUUUAUGAAGCAAGCAGGGGUAUGCUGAAUUCUGCAAGACAGAGAAGAGUGCUGAGAAAAGCUUCACACUGCCUUUAUCACAAUAUCUUAAUUUAAUUUCAUUGAUCCUGCCUGUUCUGAUGAUGGUGCACAAAGCCCAAAGCAGGCUUUUCAGCAGAGCUCUUGUCAUUUGCUGCUCCUCUCUGCAUCAGUGUCAGGGUUGAACCUUCUGUUCUCCCUGCAAAGCACUUCCUCAGGAUUCUCAGGAGUUUCUCAGCUAAGGACUUUCCUGUUUCUAUAACAAGUUCAUUUUCACAUAAGCCCUUCGUCAUAUAUUUUUCCCCACAAAGUUCAAAUCUUCUGGCAAUGCCACCUGACUUCAGUGGACGCCAGUCAGUGUAGGCGUGUCCUCGGCUCCUUGUCGGUGAAGAGCUUUCUUUCACUUACAGGAACCCUAGCAGACACUUCGUUUCAAAGGCUUCAGCCUUCCCAGUUUUGUAGCUCAAUUCAAAUCCUCAUUUUUAUUUCUAACUUUGUACAAUUCUGAUUCACAUAUGUUGUUUAGCUUCUUAGUUUGCAUGUUUAUUAAAAUAAACAUUGACUCUUC